CUCCACCACCUCCACCGUCAUCAUCACCACCAUUGCACCACUCCAAUCAUACACGACCUCUUCAGAUCAUCACAGGCUUGGGGGCAGAAGGCCCUCUCGUUUCCCCACGCAAGCGAAUAUCACGCAGAGACGCUGCGAGCGCUGUCUUUCCCUUCACUUCCCAAUCUUUGUCAUGUACAGAUAAUCCCCCUCACUCCCAGUCGAGGUCGACCUCCCUUGCUUUCAGCCACGACGUCUUUCACUGGAGUCCGAGGAGGCAACCUCCCACCUCCAUGAUGGGGAGGGCCAGCGAGAGCCUACAAGAAGAGGAGGAGACGCUGAUAAGUAGGAGCCGCCAGUCUGCCGAUAAUCCAUACCCAAGGCCUUCGCAAGACAGCAUGACCACGGUCUCAACAGUGUCACUUGUUCUCGAGAGCCUAAACUCGUCAAUCCCCGUAAAGGAGCCCCUACAACCACCCUCAAGGUACCGCGACGACGAGAGCGAUCCCGAAUUACCCAGAUUCAAUGACAAGAAUUACACCAUUGGGGGGCAGCGCAUGUCCAAAGGCCUCCGUCGAGCAAUAUGGAUAGUCGCGGUCGUUGGGAUUAUUGGAUGGGGCUUGGCUGUAGUUGUCUUUGUGGCAGGUGGCCGAUAUAAACAUGCGUCGACUUUGGAUUACGACCACGAUACGCCAAUAAAGAGCUCGGCAAAGAAAGUCACCCUCGGACAAAUACAGACGGGGCAAUGGUCACCUAGAUAUGCCAAUAUUGAGUGGACUCCUGGUCCGAAUGGAGAAGAUGGGUUAUUGUUAGAAAUCAACCAGCCGAACCAGGACUACUUGGUGGUCGAAGACAUCCGAACUGGCACAUCUUCAGAAGCAAAUGCUUUCAAACGCACAACGCUGGUGAAAAGCGCCUGGAUCAAAUACGGAGGGCAGCAGCUUUGGACGUCAGAAUUCUGGGUGAGCCCAGAUAUGAAACAUGUGCUUCUUAUGGCGAACCCAGAAAAGGUUUUUCGACACUCUUUUCUCGGGCUGUAUUUCAUCCUCGACGUCGAGACACAGAACGUCCAGCCGCUAGAUCCAGCGUUCCCGGAGACCAAGAUACAGCUGGCUCAGUGGUCGCCCAGGAGUGACUCGGUUGUGUUUACAAGGGAUAACAAUCUCUUUCUCAGGCAUCUCUCGUCGCCCCAAGUGACGACCGUCACCACCGACGGAGGUCCCGAAUACUUCUAUGGCAUUCCCGACUGGGCCUACGAGGAAGAAGUCUUCGGGACCAACACGGCCACUUGGUGGGCACGCGAUGGUCAAUAUCUGGCGUUCCUACGCACGAACGAGACUACCGUCCCGGAAUAUCCCGUUCAGUAUUUCCUCUCGCGCCCGAGCGGAAAGAAACCCAUUGAAGGCCUCGAGAACUACCCGGAGGUAAAAGAGAUCAAGUAUCCGAAGGCUGGAGCACCAAAUCCUGUGGUUGAUAUGCUGUUUUACGACAUUUCAAAAGGCGAGGUGUUCUCCGUUGACAUUGAGGGCGGCUUCCCGGACGCAGACCGGAUCAUUUUCAACAUUGUAUGGGCAGACGAUGGAAAAGCACUAGUGUCUGAGUCGAACCGGGAAAGCGAUCGUGUCAGGAUUGUUCUGGUGGACGUCCCUUCUCACACAGGCCAUACCGUGAGGAUUGUGGACCUUAAAGACGUCGAUGGUGGUUGGAUUGAACCCAGCCAGCAAACCAAAUACAUACCCGCCGACCCUGCCAAUGGUCGACCUGAGGACGGCUAUGUCGACAUCGUCAUCUCUGACAAUGGUAACCACCUGGCUUAUUUCUCACCUCUCAACAGCUCAAUUCCGGUCAUGCUGACCAGAGGUAGUUGGGAAGUGGACGGCGGACCGGCAGCUAUUGACUUGAAGAACAACUUGGUGUAUUUUAUUGCUGCCAAAGAAGCGCCAACCCAGCGCCACUUGUACAGCGUCAAACUGGACGGGACAGACUUUGCCUCACUCGUGCCCACCGAUGAAGCUGCUUACUGGGAAUCAAGCUUCUCUGCAGGUGCAGGCUAUGUGAGCCUGAAAUACACUGGACCUGGCAUCCCUUAUCAGAAAGUCGUCUCUACCCCAGCCAAUCCUGACAAAGUUGAGGAAAUGCUUGAAGACAACCAGGAUCUGGCCAAGAUGGCCUCCUCCCAUGAACUCCCACAUCAAGUAUUCCAGAAUGUCACCAUUGAUGGCUCUAUACUGCAAGUGGUCGAACGACGACCUCCUCAUUUUGAUCCUAAGAAGCAAUACCCGGUCCUCUUUUACCUCUACGGCGGACCCGGCUCCCAAAUGGUCAACCGCCGCUUCCACGUCGACUUUCAAUCAUAUAUCGCGAGCUCACUCGGAUACAUCGUGGUAACCGUUGACGGGCGUGGAACUGGGUUUAUAGGCCGUAAAGCUCGCACCAUCAUCCGCAAUGAGCUCGGCACAUAUGAAGCCCACGAUCAGAUUGCCACUGCAAAGAUGUGGGCCAAAAGAUCUUACAUCGACGCCGACCGCAUUGCUAUUUGGGGAUGGUCCUACGGUGGCUUCAUGACAUUGAAAGUUCUCGAGACUGAUGCAGGCGAGACAUUUAAAUACGGCAUGGCGGUCGCGCCUGUGACGGACUGGCGAUUUUACGACUCCAUCUACACCGAAAGGUAUAUGCGCACGCCUCAAAACAACCCCCUCGGCUACUCAAAAUCGGCCAUCAGCAACGUCACAGCGAUAUCGCAGAACGUACGAUUCUUGAUCAUGCACGGCGUCGCAGAUGACAAUGUUCACAUGCAAAACACUCUGACUUUACUAGACAAAUUCGAUCUUGCAGGGAUUGAAAAUUACGACGUGCACUUCUUCCCUGAUAGCGACCAUUCGAUACUAUUUCACAAUGCGAAUCAUAUCGUGUACGAUAAGUUGGCGAACUGGCUGGUUAAUGCAUUCAAUGGGGAGUGGUAUAGGACGGAGGAUCCGAAGCCUAUAGAUUUGGGAAGCUGAGUUUAAGAAAAGUCAGGUAGGGUUGAGGGGAGGGCAAUUAUUGAUCCCUCCAUUUCCUCUCUGUUUGGACAAGGAUGAGCAUGAUCUCUGUAUAUUUCUACGUUGGGCUACGUAACGCCCUAUUGAGAAGGAUGACCUGGAAUGAGGAACAACUCUAGGUUUCUGUAUCAUCCACUUCUUCCUUCCACCGAGUCGAGCAACUGGACAGUUCCCGCUCCACCCUUGUCGCGGAUACUGCAUGGUGGCAAUAUCAGCUCUGAAACGUGCGAGAAGGGUCUAGUACUCCAUUCCACUUCCUGAUGUCCCACGUACUUACGCACGUAUACAACGGGCGUGUGUAGGGAUUGCAAAAAUGUGCUUGGUAUUGGCAACAGCCUAAUCUGGGUAUCUUGCCG